UCUGACACCUCCUCAAUUAGGGCCCCUGACAGCGCUGCCACGGAAAGGUUCUCGAAGGAACAUGAGAACCCGGCUGGAAAGGCUCCCUCUGCUUUGGCCACUUCUCCUGUCUCCGUGGCUGGGAGCUGCAGAAAAUACUGCUGCUGUCUUUGUGGUGAAUCAGGCACCCCCUUAUAUCCGUGCAAUGGAAGGAUCAGAAUUCACCAUCGAGUGUGCAUUCAACACAAGCAAUAACUCUAUCAAGUGGUUUAGUGAUUGGAGUAAAACCAGAAACAAUGUAACAGCAAAGGUGAACAAUGUAAUAGAUCGAACCAUAUUAUCAGCAGAUACAGAAGAGAGGUCUCUUUCCCUCACUGUGAAGAAAGUCGAUGUCAUGGAUUCUGGAACCUACGUAUGUGGGGUUGGGAGCAAAUAUGGGACAUCUCCUGGGACUGGAACCCAAGUGACCAUCGAUGAAAUUACCGACCUGAUGGUGAAUCAAACCCCAACCAGUGUCAGUGGUUUAGAAGGCACAGAACUUACCAUGAAUUGUACAUUCAAGACAGUCAAUAACCACAGCACCAUGUAUGUGCGAUGGUAUAACUAUGGGACUGAGGGACUAAAGAAAGAGCUGGUGAAUGAUAGCGAUGUGAUCACAACCCUGCAUUUGGACAAUGGGUUUGCCUCUCUCACUUUAAAGAAUACGAAUUCAUCUAAUACAGGAACCUAUGUGUGUGAGGUGGGGAUCACAGCAAGGAACCUCUCUGGGAAUGGACUAGGAACCGAAGUGACCAUUGAGAAAAUUCCCAAGCUGAUGGUGACUCACACCCCAGCCGAUAUCCAUGCGUCAGAAGGGUCAGAUAUCACCAUGGAGUGUAGAUUCACGGUAUUGAAAAACCACAAGACCUUGUAUGUGAAAUGGUAUAAACAUAGCGGAACUGGGGGAACGAAGAAGGAGCUGGUGAGCGAAAGAGGCGGGGGCCCAGCAGCCCUGGCUUUGGAAAAGGGUUUUGCUUCAUUCACUCUGAAGAACGUGAAUGUAACCGAUACAGGAACCUACGUGUGUGAGGUGGGGAGCACAGGGAGGAACUGGUCUGCGUCAGGAUCCGGAACCCAAGUGACCAUCACUCCUGUUGACCUGCUGGUGAAUCAGAGCCCUGCCUGUGUCAAGGAAGAGGAAGGGAAAGCGCUGACCAUAGAAUGUAGAUUCAGGGCCCUGGAGAAACCCAGCACCAAGUACUCUGUUAAAUGGUGUAAAAACGGGACAGAUGGAGACGAGAAGGAGCUGAAAAACGAAACGGGCUCAGUCACAACAACUCUAGAUUUCUCAACGGGCCUGGCUUCUCUGACCUUGACUAAAGCCAGCGUGAGUGAUUCUGGGUUCUACAGAUGUGAUUUUGGUAAAAAUGGCCGUGGGAAUGGAACCAGAGUGACGAUCCAGGCUGUUGACCUGCUGGUGAAUCAGACGCCUGCCGUAAUAAAUGGAUUGGAAGGAGAAAAGCUCACUGUAGAGUGUAGAUUCAAGGUGGUGAAAGACUCCAGCACCACGUACAGUGUUACGUGGUAUAAGAAGGGGGCUGAUGGACACAAGAAAGAGUUGAAGAACGGAACAGGCAUUGUCACAACAGCUCUAGAUUCCUCGAAGGGCCUGGCCUCUCUCACCUUGAUCAAAAUCAAUAGGAACGACUCCGGGCUUUACAGAUGUGACUUUGGUAAAAAUGGCAAUGGAAAUGGAACCAGAGUGACCAUCCAUGAACUAGUGGUGAUGGGAGUGUAA